AUGACAGCCUCAGAAGCAGUCCCUCCAGCCAAUGUUGAAUCCAUAAGCCAUCUCACCUCCUCCCAUAUUUCCAGCAUGCCAGACCCACCAAAGGCCAAAGACCUGAAUGCAUCACACAUCCUCAUCACCAAAACUACCUCUCCAAGACCCGUUCCCGAACCUGACAGUAAAGAAGUAUGGGCUUCAAAAAAUUGCACUGAUCACAUGAUUGCUGUGCGAUGGACUGCCGACGAAGGAUGGCAGACCCCUGAGAUCAAACCCUAUGGGCCACUGACAAUGAUGCCCACAGCAUCUUGUCUUCACUAUGCAACUCAAUGUUUUGAAGGCAUGAAAGUCUACCGUGGAUUCGAUGGGAAGCUCCGACUCUUCAGGCCAGACAGGAACUCAAAACGUCUGUUGAUGUCUGCUCAACGAGUGGUACUUCCAGCUUUCGAACCCGUAGAAUUGGAAAAGUUACUUUUGGCUUUUAUGGCGGUUGACGGUCCUCGUUGGCUUCCCAAAUCCCGACCGGGAACAUUUCUCUAUGUUCGCCCUGCUAUUAUUGGGGACGGAGAAGAACUUGGAGUUACUUCUCCUUCUGAAGCUUUACUAUUUGUCAUAGCUGUUUCAUGGCCAGACCUAUCGGGUACUCCUCCUGGGACACAACCUAAACCUCCGGGACUCAGGUUACUUGCUUCUAAAGAGGACACUCGCGCUUGGCCUGGUGGCUUUGGAUAUGCUAAAGUGGGAGCUAAUUACGGCCCAGCAUUUGUAGCUCAUAUGGCGGGUCGCAAGCUCGGUUAUGAUCAAAUCCUUUGGCUCUUCGGUCCCGAUUAUCAACUCCGCGACCCCAAGACCCAAGCCCUCCAGCUCCUCACCGCCCCUCUAACCGAAAAACUAAUCCUCGAUGGCGUCACCCGCCGAAGCGUCCUCGAUCUCGCUCACGAACGUCUAUCCCCAUCUUCAAAAGCUCUACCUUCCGAUAUCAAACCUCUAGAAAUAGUAGAAAGAACAUACACUAUGUUAGAAGUAGAGGAGGCACAUAAGGAAGGAAGAAUCGUCGAGGCUUUCUUGAGCGGUACUGCUUAUUUCAUAACUCCCGUAUCCGCCAUUUCAUUCCGAAAUCGCAACAUCGAGAUCCCUAUGCAAAACGCAGCUAGCGAUAGUGGCGUUUAUGCCCAGAUGAUCAAAGCUUGGUUGUACGAUAUUAUGUAUGGGAAUGUAGAACAUGAAUGGGGUGUUGUGGUAGACGAGGAUGAAUUAGUAUAA